GGGCCGCCGAGCCGCUCGCUGCGUUUGGGAACGACACUUCGGGGACAUGCGGGCCACCAGCAUCCGGAGCGGGGCCGUGUGGACGCGGGCGCUGCUGCUGCAGCUGCUGCUGCUGGCGGGGCCCGGGGGCUGCCUGAGCCGCCAGGAGCUGUUCCCCUUCGGCCCCGGCCAGGGGGACCUGGAGCUGGGGGCCGGGGACGACCUGGUGUCCCCCGCCCUGGCGCUGAGCCGGACGCUCCGCUUCUAUCACAGAUCCGACAUCGACUCCGUCUACGUCACCACCAAUGGCCUCAUUGCCAUGAGUGAGCCCCCAGCUGAAGAAUCCCACCCUGGGCUCUUCCCACCCACCUUCGGUGCAGUGGCACCUUUCCUGGCGGACUUGGACACGACAGAUGGCUUUGGGAAGGUUUACUACCGAGAAGACCUAUCCCCCUUUAUCACUCAGCUGGCAGCACAGUAUGUCCAGAGAGGGUUCCCAGAGGUCUCUUUCCAGCCCAGUAGCGUGGUGGUUGUCACCUGGGAAUCUGUGGCCCCCUACCAAGGGCCCAGCAGGAACCCUGCCCAGGAAGGCAAGAGAAACACGUUCCAGGCUGUUUUGACCUCCUCUGAUGUCAGCUCCUAUGCCAUUUUCCUUUACCCUGAAGAUGGCCUGCAAUUCCAUACAACAUUCUCAAAGACAGACAAGAACCAGGUCCCUGCUGUGGUCGCAUUCUGUCAGGGCUCCGUGGGAUUCCUCUGGAAGAGCGACGGAGCUUAUAACAUAUUCGCUAACGACAGAGAAUCAAUUGAAAAUUUGGCCAAGAGCAGCAACUCCGGGCAACAGGGCAUCUGGGUGUUUGAGAUUGGGAGUCCAGCCACAACUAAUGGUGUGCUGCCCGCGGACGUGAACUUCGAACCUGACAAUGGAGCAGACUAUGAUGACGAGGACGAAGAUUAUGACCUGGUGACUCCUCAUCUGGGCCUGGAGGACAUGGGCACCACACCCUUCCCCCAUGAGGCUCCCAGAAGAGGAGACGCCCACACAUACAAAGUGCCCCGUGUCCUCUCCCCACGCCGCACGGCCACCGAGAGACCCCCUGGACCUCCCACAGAGAGGACAAGGUCUUUCCAAUUGCCCGUGGAGAAGUUCCCCCAGCAGCCCCCACAGGUCAUAGAUGUGGACGAAGUGGAGGAAACAGGAGUUGUUUUCAGCUACAACACGGAUGCCCGCCAGACGUGUGCCAACAACAGACACCAGUGCUCGGUGCACGCCGAGUGCAGGGACUACGCCACUGGCUUCUGCUGCAGCUGCGUGGCCGGCUACACGGGGAACGGCAGGCAGUGUGUCGCAGAAGGUUCCCCCCAGCGAGUCAACGGCAAGGUGAAAGGAAGGAUCUUUGUGGGGACCAGCCAGGUCCCCGUUGUCUUUGAGAACACCGAUCUCCACUCCUACGUGGUGAUGAAUCACGGCCGCUCCUACACGGCCAUCAGCACCAUUCCCGAGACCCUUGGCUACUCCUUGCUUCCUCUGGCACCUAUUGGAGGCAUCAUUGGGUGGAUGUUUGCUGUGGAGCAGGACGGAUUCAGGAACGGCUUCAGCAUCACUGGGGGUGAGUUCACCCGCCAGGCCGAGGUGACCUUCGUGGGUCACCCAGGCAAGCUGGUCAUCAAGCAGCAGUUCAGCGGCAUUGACGAGCACGGGCACCUGACCAUCGACACAGAGCUGGAGGGCCGCGUGCCACAGAUCCCCUUUGGCUCCUCAGUGCACAUCGAGCCCUACACCGAGCUGUACCACUACUCCCACACAGUGAUCACUUCCUCCUCCACCCGGGAGUACACGGUGACAGAGCCCGAGCGAGACGGGGCUGCUCCUUCGCACACCUACACCUACCAGUGGCGCCAGACCAUCACCUUCCAAGACUGCGUCCACGACGAUUCGAGGCCAGCCCUGCCGAGCACCCAGCAGCUGUCAGUGGACAGCGUGUUUGUCCUGUACAAUGAGGAAGAGAGGAUCUUGCGCUAUGCGCUCAGCAACUCCAUCGGGCCCGUGCGGGACGGCUCCCCUGAUGCCCUUCAGAAUCCUUGCUACAUCGGUACACAUGGAUGUGACACCAACGCCGCCUGUCGCCCCGGGCCUGGGACCCAGUUCACCUGCGAGUGCUCCAUCGGCUUCCGAGGAGAUGGGAGAAUCUGCUAUGAUAUUGAUGAAUGUGCAGAACAGCCCUCGGUGUGUGGCAGCAAUGCCAUUUGCAACAACCACCCAGCGACCUUCCGCUGUGAAUGCAUGGAGGGUUUCCGGUUCUCAGACGAGGGCACGUGUGUGGCUGUCAUGGACCAGCGCCCCAUCGACUACUGCACCACAGGCCUCCAUGACUGUGACAUACCCCAGCGGGCCCGGUGUGUCUACACAGGUGGCUCUUCCUACACCUGCUCCUGUUUGCCUGGCUUCUCUGGGGAUGGCCGAGCCUGCCAAGACGUGGAUGAAUGCCAGGUGAGUCGCUGCCACCCUGAUGCCUUCUGCUACAACACUCCAGGUUCCUUCACGUGCCAGUGCAAACCUGGCUAUCAGGGAGACGGCUUCCGGUGUGUGCCUGGAGAGGUGGAAAAGACCCGGUGCCAGCAGGAGCGAGAACACAUUCUUGGAGCGGCAGAGGCGGUGGACCUGCAGCGGCCCAGGCCACCGGGGCUGUUUGUCCCUGAGUGUGACGAGCAUGGGAACUAUGUGCCCACCCAGUGCCACGGCAGCACCGGCUACUGCUGGUGUGUGGAUCGCGAUGGCCGCGAGCUGGAGGGCACCAGGACCAGGCCCGGGAUGAGGCCCCCGUGUCUGAGUACAGUGGCUCCCCCCAUUCACCAGGGACCCUCAGUGCCUACUGCUGUGAUCCCCCUGCCCCCUGGAACCCACCUCCUCUUUGCCCAGACUGGGAAGAUCGAGCAUCUCCCCCUGGAGGGAACUACCAUGAAGAAGACGGAAGCCAAAGCAUUACUUCAUAUCCCAGCUAAAGUCAUCAUUGGACUGGCCUUUGACUGCGUGGACAAGAUGGUGUACUGGACGGACAUCGGCGAGCCUUCCAUCGGGAGAGCCAGUCUGCAUGGCGGGGAGCCAUCUACCAUUGUUCGACAAGAUCUGGGGAGUCCGGAAGGCAUCGCGGUGGACCACCUUGGCCGCAACAUCUUCUGGACGGAUUCUCUGCUGGAUCGGAUCGAAGUCGCAAAGCUGGAUGGCUCGCAGCGCCGGGUGCUGCUGGAGACGGAUUUGGUGAAUCCCAGAGGCAUCGUGACGGAUUCCGUGCGAGGGAACCUUUAUUGGACAGAUUGGAACAGAGAUAGCCCCAAAAUUGAAACUUCCUACAUGGACGGCACAAACCGGAGGAUUCUUGUGCAGGAUGACCUGGGCUUGCCCAACGGGCUGACCUUCGACGCCUUCUCAUCACAGCUCUGCUGGGUGGACGCAGGCACCCAUCGGGCAGAAUGCCUGAACCCCGCUCAGCCCAGCAGACGGAAGGUUCUCGAAGGGCUCCAGUAUCCCUUUGCUGUGACGAGCUACGGGAAGAAUCUGUACUAUACAGACUGGCAGACGAAUUCUGUGGUUGCUGCCGAUCUUGCUAUUUCCAGAGAGAUGGAUGCCUUCCACCCCCACAAGCAGAGCCGGCUAUAUGGCAUCACCAUUGCCCUGUCUCAGUGUCCCCAAGGCCACAACUACUGCUCAGUGAACAAUGGCGGCUGCACCCACCUCUGCUUGGCCACCCCAGGGAGCAGGACCUGCCGCUGCCCUGACAACACACUGGGAGUUGACUGUAUUGAGCGGAAAUGAAGACAAGAGUACCCUGUUCCCUCUCCAAGUAUUUCACAGCAACGCCCUACUUGAAAUGACUUAGUCCAGACUGAAAACUGUCCUCUAGCUGAGUGGCCAUUAGGCCCUAGUCUAGCCCAGCCUGAGCCCCAACAACUUUCCUCUCACUGUUCCCCAAAACAUAAACCCUGGGCUCCCAUAAUGGGAAAGUCUCUUCCCCUAUGUGAAGACAGAAAACUGCCCUGAUCCCAGCCCUCAGACAAGCUUAUUCAGCCAUGGGUGAGGAUUACAUGCCUCAUCGUAGGCCCUGGGACCUUUUCCUAAUGCUAGCUUCCCAAGCCUGAGUUGCCCCAUUCCCUGUGGCCUUACGAGCUCAGCCUCACUCUGAGGCACUCACCAUCCUGUCAGCUCCUCAACACAGCAGCCAGGGCCAGCCUAGAAAAGGUUGUGAGUGAAGGAGGGAGUUAGUCCUCCCACACUUUUUCUCUUGGUGCUCUCAUUUCCCUCUUUUUCCUCCCCAGUUCCUCACCAUCUUCAUCCUACCCAAGGCUUCCAUUACAGUGAGCAUGCUCUGCCUUUUUAUCAAAACCCACCCUGUCCUAAGGAUAUGUGGGUAUUUGGUGGCUCUUAAUGAGUAUCCCCUCCUAGAUAGGAUAUUAGCAUUUGAGCAAUAGCCUUUGGUAGUCAAAGUCUUCAGUCAAAGGAGUGUCUAGUGGUAGGAAUUUCAAGGUAUAGAGUUAGAUGUUUGAGGAUAUGGGAUUCUUUUGAUGUGCCUUCAAUUAUACCAAAGAUUAUCAAAUUGUUCCUCUUUGCCAAAAGCACUUGCAUCACAGCAUUUGGUCUCUGGUGCUGUGCUGGUCUUCAGCCCCACUGCUGGCACCACUGAGACACAUCUGAAGCACAAGCUGGGGCUGGUUCCAGGUAAUGACCCACCACAGUCCCUCACCUCUGUCCUCCACUCCUGAGAACCAGUUGACACACAGCUGUAAACUUGCUUCUCCUUUGUUUCUCUCUCUAUCUGUGAGAGAGCUGUAUUCUCAUCUAAAUACACUAUCUAGGAAGACUGCAUUGAAUAUUUAUACUAAUGGUCCAGAUCCUUGAUUGCUCAUUGGUAUAAUUAAAGGGACCAUUGCCACAUUUCUUGUUUAUGUUUCUAUGAUUCAUUUAGAAAACAUCCCCUGACCAUAUAAUUAGCUAGGGUUAUGUUUUUAUCAGCUGCUUUCUAGAGUCCUAAAACAAUAGAAAUUUUGGAUUGAAAGCUGAGCUGUUCGAGUUAGUAAGGAUGUUCGAGUUAUAAGGAGUUAUAAAGAGUUCGAGUUAGUAAAGGAUGAGGUAAGGGGUAGACAAGACUCGAUGAAUAGUAUCACAAAGAGAUUGGUUAAGAACAGGAAUGGAAAACCCAGGAGAAAGGGGUAGGGGUAGGGGAGGCGAUUUAAGAACAGCAGUAACAGAAACCUUUAAAUAAUUCCAAAGAGAAAAUGGUACACUUUGCCAAAGAACACUUAGACUAGAGGACAUGGAAGAACUUGCCUGCUACUUUCCUUGUGGAAGAGACCUCUCCCCGUCCUUCAAACCCCUCACCCCAUCCUCUCCUGCCUUUGCUUCUGCUCUACUCUGGAACCUGAACUUGGAGAAUAUUUUUCCUUAAAUAAUUGGAGUUUGUUUUGUGAGGCAACUAAAUCCCCCCAAAUCACAAUAUUUGGGGAACAUGUGAAUCUUUUCCAUGGGUGUAACCCAACCCCAUGAAUUAGUCGCACUUUCCUUCUGUUUAUCAUUCUGUAUCAAACCCUCUAUAUCCAGUGUUCAUCAUGAUUUUGUCUAAUUUUUACAACUAUUUUAUUCAUUUUACGAGAUUCAUUCUAAAAUCUUUUAAAGGGUGAAUUCUGAAACUGUGGAAACCACUGAAGGUGCUUAUAACUUCCCCCAGAUUUAUACAGUAUUGGAUGAUGUUUUUGAGUUUACAGCUGUACAGAUAUU